AGUCCGUUCUCUGCAGCUGAUUGGACGGCUUACGUAAAGCGACGUGGGCAUCCGCCUAUCGGAGUGUGGAACGCCAACGAAGCCGCUGGGAGAUUGGAAGAGCGCUGAAUUUGAAUUGGGCGAGGAAGUUGGAGAGGCCUUUUUUUUUCCUCCGAUGUCGCGUGAAUGGGCACAACCAAUGCCUCCCUUUAGGUGGGGGAGCACAGAACAAACCAAGGCAACGGGUGAGAUGGGAGGCGUGAGAAGCUGAGGCGAGGCACGAAAAUGGAGGGGCGGGCGGUUCCUCCCGGGAGCCCCUUCCGAGGAACGUGCGAGGACGGCGACAGCUCCAUGGACCGAAGACUGAGGCGGAGUAGCCGCCAUUUCGCCUCCGCCAUGAGCAGCAUCGUGGAGAAGUAUAAUUUUCCUUUUGAUGAUGAUCUGAUUGUCUCUAUCAAGUCACUGACAUACAAUACAUCUGAUGGGCCAAGGGCUUGGGGAGAAGAAUCAAGCACUGAAUGUACAGAUACAUCAUACCAGUCAUUUGAGGAAGAACAAUUCACAGACUCCUUGGGAACUAAUCAGCUUGAUGCAGAUCACAAAAGCAGUGCUAAGUUGGCUUCUAUUAAAAGACAUUUGGAAAAUAUACAUAUCAAGGAGAAUAUUCCUCUUAUAUGCUAUUCUGAGACACCAGUGAAGAAUAAAUACAGAGUUCAAAUGGACAUGUUGUUGGAUGAUGGUACCAACUCUGUUCCUGAAGUGCUUACGAUUACAGGAACAAGAGCAAGAAAUGCUCACCAGUGGUCUCCUUUGCAAGAGUUAGAUGAUAAUUCCUCAAUACGAGGUGAUCCCGAUGUCCUUGGGAAACGAGUGCCAUCUACAAAUGAACCACCAACUACACUUUCUCUGCAGUUACCCAUCUCUGUAGCAUCAAAUUCAGCCAGUGUUGAAUUGGAAAGCAGCGCUCUUUGGGGUGGCAAUGAAAAUGGCUUCAGUAGUUUUCUGGAAAUGUAUGAGUCUGCAGAUGAGCAUUGUUCUUGGAAUAAUGUCACAAUAGCAGACUUGUAUCCAGGGAUGGUGAAGGCACUUAGUAAACUGUUGCACAAAGCCUCUUCCAGUUCAUUAAUCAAACGGUACAAAUAUGGGUAUUGGCAUCCAAAAAAAACAAAGCUUAAUACUACUACAGAGAGAAUAAGGAAGUAUAGACUUUUAAAAUCAAAGUCUAGCUUGACAACUAAAAAAGAGGAUCAGAAGAGGCAUAAAUUGCCCUUGUUAGUGGAUGGAAGUAGUAGUGCUUUUGAUAAUGGCAAGCAUCAGUGUUCAGCGAACAAUAUAACUAGAACACUAUCUUCCAUAUGCUGUAUUCCAGAUAGCAUGGAAAUAGACUCUUGUGGCAUGGCAGAAGAUACUUCAUACACUGAGAAAGUCAGACAAGGUGGUAUGAAAACCACCAUUAUUCCUAGUGGCGUUUCUACAGGAGAAACUUUUCUGGUCCAAACCCCAAUGUGCAUUUGUUUACCUACAGACUUUGUAAGAAAGGGUCAGACUUCUGAAAAGUGCUGUCCUACAGAUUGCACUAUGGAUUCAGAAAAAUGUAAUGUAACAACAGAAGACAAUCCUGAGGAAAUAAGCACUAUGACAUUCAAUACUACGUCACGUUCAAGCUUGUCCUUGAAUAGUAGCACGAAAUCUUAUUUGCAAAAGAACGAGUCUUCUCCAGUUAAAAUGUCAAUUAGAUUACUGGGAAAUUCAGAAAUUAAAAUGCUCAGUGCAGCUGUUUCACUUCAGCGAAGACAUUCAUUUUCAUCCCUUCCAGUCAAUCGAAGACCUGCCAAUGUUCACCAGAGUUGUGAAGAUGCAUUUGAAAAAAUGUAUAAGGAAUUGUGUUCUCCAAAGUUGCAGAAAUCAUUUAAGUUUUCAAAUAUUUGCAAAAGCCCUAGGAAGUCUGCAGAACUGCACACAUCUGGUUUUAGCACAUCUUCAAAAUUUAAUGAGAGACCUAAUGAUGCAUUUGAAAGUAUAUACCAAAAAUUGUGUUCCGAAGGAUUUCCAAAAAUCCCUAUAUUUCUAAGAGCAGCAAACCUAAAAAAGAAAUAUGAGGGAGUACAUAUGUCUGAAACUGUAAAUGCCUUAGUUAAUUCUCCUUUAAGAACUGUACCUGCAGUUGCCAGAACUAAAAGAGCAGCAAACUUCAGCAAGGAAGACUUUCAGCCUUCACCCAUAAAAAGAUUGAAAAAUAUACCUGAGAACUCUUACAGAAUAUGUCAGAAAAUGCCUUCCUGGAAAAGCAUAAACCUUCAGAAAACAGAUAAGACUUUCACAUCGUACACUCCUAACAUAAAUAAUUGGCCCUCAGAUGUGAAUUCUGGGUUUUCUUUUUCCUCAAGCAACAACUUUCUGACUGCUUCAAGAACUGACAUGAAAGAAUCCAGGAUUGCAGAUGUAGAUGACAAUUGUUUAUAUAGUUGUAUCUCUCUAGGAAAAUCACAAAACUACAACAAAGACUUCCAGAAAUCUCAGCUAUAAUGAUGGGAGAGCAAGAAACAAAAAUGAUAGUAUGGAAGAACUUGUGUGCAAAAGCAGUAAAGAAUCAUUCUUGAAAGGAUAUGGAGAAAUACAUG